UGGACCUGCUUUCAAUGUCUGUUUUUGUACCACAUCCACCUCACACACGACAUUUACUCGCUCCAAUGAUCCAUAGUUUUCCAUACAUCACCUAUUUAGCAUAGCAAAACAAAAGACAAUGUCUCUUACCCCAAACUCCAUCUAUAUUGCUCUCUACAUCCGAACCGACCCGCCAAUCCCAGACAACUUCCACUGGGCCCUUUACCUUCACCAUCAUGAUACAGGAACAAAAUACCAUAUCACAAACGAAAGCACCGGCUGGAUCGCUGCGCAUGGCCCGGAAUCAGCCAUCUUGAAAUCCUUUCUCUUGGUCGGCCUUAUCCGCAUCGCAGAUUUUCCGUCUUCUCAGUCUGUCUUGAACGAAGCAGACCGGUUGAUACGCAGCUACGAUGAUCAGGUCAAUGAGAUGGGGAUUACGUGUCGGACUUGGUUGUUGAAGGUGCUGGAGUUGCUGAAGGAGAGGAAUUUGCUUUGUUGGGGUAAGGACAUGGAUUUGGGAGGUCUGGAGAGGGAGGUGAUGGAUUGGGGGAAUGAGGAGGCGGGGGAUGCUGUAAGGAAUGUACAGCCUCGGCCUGUUGGAGUGUCGAAGGUCUGUGGGUUUGAGAAAUAGGAUUUGAUUUCCAUAGAAGGAUUCGAGGAUACUUCUCUGAUUAUUGUUAUCCAAGCUGGUGGAAAAGAGCAACUAACAAACCCUGCUAGGCAUGAAAGAGAUGUUGAAUCUUCCUCCCCUCUACGGGUACUGUAAAUUACUCAUUUCCUUCUACAAACCAUUUAUACUACAACAACAUCCGUUCUUUUCUAAUGAAGUAA